GAACCUUGUACGCAUGCUCCGGGGCUGAACUUGAGGAGCCAGUCUGGGGCCUAAGCGCAGACGCAUUGAGCUUAAGCAGCCGGUGAUGGCGGCAGCAGCAGUGGAGUCUGCGGCGGGUCCGGGCCCAUGAGGCGACGACGGAGGCGGGACGGCUUUUACCCAGCGCCUGACUUCCGAGACAGGGAAGCUGAGGACAUGGCAGGAGUGUUUGACAUAGACCUGGACCAGCCAGAGGACGCAGGCUCUGAGGAUGAGCUGGAGGAGGGGGGUCAGUUAAAUGAAAGCAUGGACCAUGGGGGAGUUGGACCAUAUGAACUUGGCAUGGAACAUUGUGAGAAAUUUGAAAUCUCAGAAACUAGUGUGAACAGAGGGCCAGAAAAAAUCAGACCAGAAUGUUUUGAGCUACUUCGGGUACUUGGUAAAGGGGGCUAUGGAAAGGUUUUUCAAGUGCGAAAAGUAACAGGAGCAAAUACUGGGAAGAUAUUUGCCAUGAAGGUGCUUAAAAAGGCAAUGAUAGUAAGAAAUGCUAAAGAUACAGCUCAUACAAAAGCAGAGCGGAAUAUUCUGGAGGAAGUAAAGCAUCCCUUCAUUGUGGAUUUAAUUUAUGCCUUUCAGACCGGUGGAAAACUCUACCUCAUCCUUGAGUAUCUCAGUGGAGGAGAACUAUUUAUGCAGUUAGAAAGAGAGGGAAUAUUCAUGGAAGACACAGCUUGCUUUUACUUGGCUGAAAUCUCCAUGGCUUUGGGGCAUUUACAUCAAAAGGGGAUCAUCUACAGAGACCUGAAGCCGGAGAACAUCAUGCUUAAUCACCAAGGUCAUGUGAAACUAACAGACUUUGGACUAUGCAAAGAAUCUAUCCAUGAUGGAACAGUCACACACACAUUUUGUGGAACAAUAGAAUACAUGGCCCCUGAAAUCUUGAUGAGAAGUGGCCACAAUCGUGCUGUGGAUUGGUGGAGUUUGGGAGCACUAAUGUAUGACAUGCUGACUGGAGCACCUCCAUUCACUGGAGAGAAUAGAAAGAAAACAAUUGACAAAAUCCUCAAAUGUAAACUUAAUUUGCCUCCCUACCUCACACAAGAAGCUCGAGAUCUGCUUAAAAAGCUGCUGAAAAGAAAUGCUGCUUCUCGUCUUGGAGCUGGUCCUGGGGAUGCUGGAGAAGUCCAAGCUCAUCCAUUUUUCAGACACAUUAACUGGGAAGAACUUCUAGCUCGGAAGGUGGAGCCUCCCUUUAAGCCUCUGUUGCAAUCUGAAGAGGAUGUGAGUCAGUUUGAUUCAAAGUUUACACGUCAGACACCUGUUGACAGCCCGGAUGACUCAACUCUCAGUGAAAGUGCCAACCAGGUCUUUCUGGGUUUUACAUAUGUGGCUCCAUCUGUACUUGAAAGUGUGAAAGAAAAGUUUUCCUUUGAACCAAAAAUCCGGUCACCUCGAAGAUUUAUUGGCAGCCCACGGACGCCCGUCAGCCCAGUCAAAUUCUCUCCUGGGGAUUUCUGGGGACGAGGUGCUUCAGCCAGCACGGCAAAUUCUCAGACACCUGUGGAAUACCCGAUGGAAACAAGUGGGAUAGAGCAGAUGGAUGUGACAGUGAGCGGGGAAGCGUCAGCACCACUUCCCAUCCGACAGCCGAACUCUGGGCCAUACAAAAAACAAGCUUUUCCUAUGAUCUCCAAACGGCCAGAGCACCUGCGUAUGAAUCUAUGACGAAACAAUGCUUUUACUGAUGCAAAAAGAAAACAGAAAUCGGGGGAGGGGAUGUGUGAGCAUCCCGCAAGAUAAAAUGAGAAUCAAAAUAACAGACUUAAAAAGUCAGCGCAGUAACCUAGAUUGCUUUGGAUGGAGGAAAAAAAUAAACAUGGAUUUUAAAAAAUCAAUCAAUGGUGCAAAA